CCUAUAGUCCGUGCGACGGCCACACCAGCUGCACAAGCCAGGCGAAAAAACUGAAGAAAAUUUUUUAAAUAAUUUGCGUGCCAUCGAUUUUAUAAUUGGUACUUACUCGAAGUACCCAAGACUCGUUCUUGCCAAGCGGAUGGCUGCCUAAGACGAGGAACUUCAGGAAAAGGUAAUACAAAAAAAGAUCCCAAAAUGACCCAAUAUCUGCCGCCGAAUCUGCUGGCGCUGUUCGCGGCCCGGGAUCCCAUCCCGUUUAUGCCGCCGGUCGACAAGUUGCCGCACGAGAAGAAGUCCCGCGGCUACCUCGGAGUGGCUAAGUUUAUGGCCGACUUCGAGGACCCUAAGGACACGCCGCUGCCGAAAACCGUGGAGACGCGCCAGGAGCGACUGGAACGGCGCCGGCGCGAGAAGGCCGAGCAGGUGGCCUACAAGCUGGAGCGGGAAAUAGCGCUGUGGGAUCCCACAGAAAUCAAGAACGCCACGGAGGACCCCUUUCGCACGCUUUUCAUUGCCCGCAUCAACUACGAUACUUCGGAGUCCAAGCUAAGGCGCGAGUUCGAGUUCUACGGGCCGAUCAAGAAGAUCGUCCUGAUCCACGACCAGGAGUCAGGUAAACCCAAGGGCUACGCCUUCAUCGAGUACGAGCACGAGCGGGACAUGCACGCCGCCUACAAGCACGCCGAUGGUAAGAAGAUCGACAGCAAGCGCGUCCUGGUAGACGUGGAGCGGGCUCGUACAGUGAAGGGCUGGCUACCGCGCCGCCUGGGCGGCGGUCUGGGCGGAACGCGUCGCGGUGGCAACGAUGUCAACAUCAAGCACUCCGGCCGCGAGGACAACGAGCGGGAGCGCGAACGCUACCGACUGGAGCGGGAGCGUGAGGAUCGCGAGGGUCCUGGACGCGGCGCCGGCACCAAUGGCCUGGAUGCCCGGUCUGGACGCGGUUUCGGGGCGGAGCGGCGACGUUCUCGCUCCAGGGAACGCCGCGACCGGGAACGAGAUCGCGGACGUGGCGCUGUGGCCAAUAGUGGUCGCUCGCGCAGCCGUUCCCGCGAGCGCAGAAAACGACGAGCGGGCAGCCGAGAGCGGUACGACGAGUUCGACCGACGGGAUCGGCGUGACAGGGAGCGCGAGCGUGAUCGCGAUCGGGAGCGCGAGAAGAAGAAGAAGCGCUCCAAGUCGCGCGAACGCGAGUCCUCCAGGGAGCGGCGCGAGCGGAAGCGUGAGCGAAGGGAUCGUGAACGAGGCGCCGGAUCCGGCGGUGAUGUCAAGGAGCGCAAGCCCGACUUCCGCGACAUGGACGUCAUUAAGAUCAAGGAGGAGCCCAUCGACGAUGACUAUCCCUCAUUUGACUACCAGAACACGACCAUCAAGCGCGAAGUGGACGACGAGAACGAGGAGAAGUACCGGCCGCCGCCUGCGCAUCACAAUAUGUUCAGUGUGCCGCCGCCGCCAAUUUUGGGUCGUGGCACGGCCAAUCCGAAUCCCAAUCCCGACAAUGGCCAGCAGCAGGGCGCCAGCGACCAGAGCUGGUGGCGUCAGUAGGCAUGGAGAAGCAGCGAGAGGGUCCUGGAGUCUUUCAAGGUUAAUAAUUGUAGAAAUCAGUCGUCUGUGGGUCGCAACUAUUUAUUCAUUCGACUCGAUGCACCGCAGUCCCGGAGAGACUAACCAUAGCAAUCCACGGUUCCAUUUUACACAGAAAAUUUUAAGGUACAGCCUGGAGAGACGCCAGGCAGAACAAGAUUACAGAAACCCCAGACCGCUAAACGCAAAAUCCACUUAUUUGUGCGUAGCUUAAAUCAUUUAAAUUUAUAAGUAACUCUUAACAAAUGAAUAUGAAAGAAAAGUAAGUAAAAUAAAGCUAGCCCUACA